AUGGCGUCAGACGGCCCAGAUCCACAGAGCUUGAAGUCAUGGCAGGAUGCAUUCCAGUAUCCAAUUCCUACUGUGCGCCGUGUGGAACAGGAGCUCCGCCGGGACAUCGCCAGCAAUAAGGAGAAGCUCCGAGCUCUUGUUGGGACGAGAUAUCGAGAGCUUGUUGGAACGGCCGAAACGAUCGUAUCGAUGAACCGCGAGAUGCAGGAGGUGGAUGCGACCCUGGCAGAUGUCGGCCGAAGAUGCAACCCACGAUUAAUGGAGAAGAAAGUUACACAUUUCAGUCAAAUCAAGGGAGAUAUUCACGACAAAGGCGCAAGCAAACGAGCCGUUGGAGCCCAGCUUGCUUUGCUUCACCGCUGUGAGACGGCUAUAUCUCGUGUAUUGAGGAGGCGUGAUUCUCUUCUUCUAGGAGCCAAGCUUGUGGUUGUGUCUCGACUCCUGCAUAAAGCACUGUCUCAGCAAAAGACCGUUCCGCCAUUUCUUGAAAGCCUACGGAAUCAGAUUGCUUCACUGAGGCAAACCCUUUUGAGAAGAGUCAACAAGUGCCUAGCCUCAGAUUCAUCAACAGCGGAUGAUAUCAUUGAGGUCUUAGCUUCUUACUGCCUAGCUACGAGCUCCUCCUCCGAAGAUGCUAUUCGUCACUUUCAUAGGGUACGAGAGGAGGUCAUUGAGAGCCAGCUAGGGCUUGAUGACCCGUCAGGAGGAAACAUUCUGAAGGCCUUGGGACUAUACGUUAGUACACUUCAAAUAUCUAAGAUCUUACUUUCCCGUCGUCUAUCGGAUGUUCUUGGCAAGUUGAAAGCACGCCCUAUCCUGACUGAUCCGGAAAUUCACAAUCUUGACGACCUGAACCUUGAUGUUUUGGGGCGCUGGGUGCCACCCGAUGUGAGUAACUUCACACCUUGGAUCAAACUGAGCGAGCUGUCCAAGUCCGAAGUUGAGAAAACACUGAAAAAAUGGUCGAGACAAGCCUUUGAGAAAUUUGUCCAAGGAUGUCAGAAGAACUUGGAAAGCUGGCUAGGCUUCACAAAGUUACUUUCGCUUCGAGAAAAGGCCUUGGAAUUCUGGCUGCGCUCCUGGACCUCGACAAUCACACAUUCAUCCCUUCAAGUGUUAGAAGGCCUUCGAGGGAUCUUUAACAACCGUCUGAUGGAUAUCUUAUCUGAUCAAGCAAGGUCGUUGACAGACUUUGGCCAGGAUAUCACAUCUAAGAUCUCAGCCUGGGACAAUACAGAUCACGUAGCCGCUCAGUCACUUUGGGAUCAUGAACUGAUGGUCUCCGAUUACUCAAAUGGCGCUGACGCCUUCAAAUCAGCCAUUGCUGAUAGACUCCUUGGCCGUGAUGGAGAGGUUUCUAAUAUGUUAAGGGGAUAUCAAUCUUGGCUCACAUCUAUUGAAAAGUCCAAAGAGGCCAUUGAUGAACUACGGCAGAUCCGGUGGAAAGACAUUAUUGAGGAGGGCGAUGAUGAAGACUUUGACCAAGAUACCACAGCGGCAUUAAGCGAAGACGACCCUCGACUGCUACAGGACGCACUUCAGUCUGCUGUUAGGAAAGCCUUCGAUGAUCUUCAAUCUUCAUUUGGCGAUGCAUUCCAAGCCUUUGGAGACACGAAUCAUAGUGGAAAGGCUGCAUUUAUUCUUAGACUCAUCAGGCUUGUUCGGCGAGGCUUCCCCAACCAACUUAUUACCGAUGAAUUUACUUUCUCGAGAGAUAUUGUGCCUCAGUUGCAGGAAAUGCUUGCCACUGAGGUGGUUACGCAAACAUCUUUGUCGAAAUUGCUAGCCAAACCGGGUGCUCGGGUUCCAGGUAGAAGCCUUUGGGAAGGCGAUCCUGAACUUCCGAUCCAACCAUCUCCCUCUACUUUCAAGCUGCUACGUCGCCUUGUAGGGUCCAUGGAUCGUUGCGGCCCGGGGCUUUGGGAUGUCACAACCGUUCAAGUUCUCAAGCGAACCUUACAAAGGGAGCUCUCAAACACUAUCCCCACGACUAUCGAAGCUCUGAGCUGCUGUAACACUGAUAAAAGCGAAGAAAAUACCGAUUUGGAUGGGGGAAAAUCCCCCAGUGAAGAGGAAGGUCAAAACAGUGAAGAAGAUGAGCGGGCAAAGGGUGAAGACAUAAACGAGUCACGAAACGCUCACGAUCUGAAACUUCAACUCUAUUUUGAUACGGCCUAUCUGAACAAUGCGUUGGCAGUGAAGGGCUCCGAACAGAAUCUACUAAUGGACGUUCUAGAAAAGCUUCGCGGCGAUCUUGGAUCUGCGGAAAACACUGCCAGAACCAUGGAACAUAAUGCUGCUGAGUAUUGGAAGCGUACCCAACUGUUGUUCGGGCUUUUAGCAAUCGGUGGGGGGCAGUAA